AUGCUCUUCCGCUCAUUUGCCGCGCUCUCAUGCGCCGCGGCUACUGCCUUUGCCCAGGGCCUCGGUGACAGCUCUCUGGAGAAGUUCACCGAUUCCCUGACCUUGGACUAUGCCUUUAGUCCCGUAAAAGAGGCCUACUGGACUGGCUUCCCUCACCAUCGCCGAACUCCCUUUGCCGUCUCGCCCGAUGGCCAAUCUGCAUACUUGGCCUAUCUCGACUCGAGCGAGACAGAUGUCCACGUCCAACAAGUCGACCCUUCGACUUUCACCGCCGUCGGCUCCGCCGUCACUGUCACCGGUGGCAAGGAGGCUGGAGGUCUCGUUGCCCACAAUGAUGGAUUCGCCCUGUUGACCAACGAGGCUCUGCCUUCUGGCACGACGGAUGCGCCUGCCGACAGCACUCCCGUCCCUGUCUUGUAUCGUUUCACCGACGGCACCCAAACCUGGAAAACCUUCCUCGGAGGUCCCGGGGUUGAUACCGAUUUUGGUCUUGCCGCCUCUCCUGAUCUGAACGGCGACUUGGUCUACUCGGAAGAGGCUGCCAUGUAUGGUGCUUACUUUGUCAUCACAGCUUACACUGGCGAUGCAUCUGGACACUACGGAGAUAGCAUCAAGUACGUGACUGACGACGGUACUCUGACAACCAUUUCUGGUGCUUCCAGCUCCUGGGGUUGCUCUCACAACACUGGUAUCAGCUUUGAAGCUGCCGAUGCCGCGCCAUUUGCCAGUAUUUGUGCCGAGGACCAGGGAGACAUCUGGCUCAACACAGCGACGCAGGGUAUGAGCGGUGUCAAGAUUUCCAACGAGAACACCACCAACGGUGGCACUGGUGAGCCCAUGGGCGGCAUGAGCGGCUCCUUCAGCGGUCUUGCCCGUCUCAUUGACAGCGACGCCUAUGUCUCCGCCUGGGUCUCCCGCGGCGCCAUUGAUCUGACUGCCAACGAAUGGAUGGGUGACGGCUACACUGCGUGCUCGAACCGCACCAACGGCCGCAACGUCGCCAUUGCUCAAUUCUCUGACAAGAACACCCUCGUCGGCGACCAGGCUAGCUCCGUGGUAGGUGCUACUGAUGGUGACUCCCAGAUCAACUGGAUCACUUCGGGCACGGCCGACUGCUCCAACGCUCACGUCGCCGCUUUUGACAGCUCGAGCGUCCUAGUUACCUGGGAAGAGAUCGAGGACCCCGACUGCCAGUUCAUCGCCAUGGGCUGCAAGGGCACUUUCACCGGAUCUCGUUUCCAGCUCGUCACUGAUGGCGCCAAGGUUGGCGAGCCUCUGGUUGAGACCGACGUUUACGUGUCCGGCGACAUGGUCACUCUCUCCGACGGCAGAGUCUGCUGGCCCUAUGUCAGCAUGACCUGGGACCUUUCUGAGCCCGUCGCUUACAGUGGUUCGACCGCUUCUACCAACUCCAUGUCCUUUGCUUGUGCGAGCAUCAGCGGCAGCAGCAGCAACAGCACUAGCGGUUCUAGCACCACCACCGCUGCCGCUACUUCUUCUGCUACUGCCGCUGCCACUCCUUCGACUGUCGCAGUUGAGGAGGACGCCAGCAGCAGCGCAACCGUUGUUUCUACUCUCAUCACCUCUGUCCGUUCGUCGUCCUCUGAUAGUGCCGUGGCGACCACUUCGGACGCUGGGGCGGUGACUGGGGUCGAGUCCGCCACCGAAGUAGUCAUCAGCGCCUCGUCGGUUCCUGUCGAGACGGCCACGGCAGCUGUCCCAACUGAGGCUUCUCCGUCUGGCCCGGCACCCACUGCAUCGAGCGGCUUUGCCUUUCCCACGGGCAGCCGACCCUCGCACCCGCAUGGGUCAGCUCGCCCCAGCCAGAGUGCUUUCCCUGGGUUCGGUAGCAACGUCGGUGGAUCGGGCCACACUUGUGGUGGUGCCAAGAAGCGUGAGGUCUAA